UGGCUCGUGCACGCAUGGGCUCAAAACCAGCGGGUUUUUACGCAAAGGUCGGCGUGAGGAGGCGCGCGCGCACUCCAGUUAUCUGUCACCACCGGCGGCACGUGCGGCUUGGGCAGCGGCUGAUAAAUAUCUUGCGCAGGCGCCGUUUAGGGGCUCGUGGGAGUUUUAUAAUGCAGUAACACCGGAAUAUUUCGGCUACACGGGAACACAAACCGGAGGGAUUACUGUCCUCGUGCUCAUCCCGGUGGAAAGCGCGAGACUGAGGAAACUGACGGACUUACAGCAGGUGAGAUAUUCAUCUGGACUGGAUUUUCAGCGUUGGUGUGACUCGAGGACGCCUCUUCAUCCCAGAUAUGAAGCUGUUCAUUGACUCAGUCUGACCUCACCAAGGGAACCCCUUUGAAGUUAUCCCAAAUGAUGAUGCAAAAGCAGCCGGCCCUUACUUCUCCAGGAAGUGUGUGUUCUCUGCGAGGGGGGGCCGAGACGGGAACUCCAGCUCUCUCUAUAGUGGCUAAAAUGGAUGAUCAGGUGAUCGGCUAUAAGGACUUAGCAGCCAUUCCUAAAGACAAGGCCAUACUGGACAUCGAGCGUCCCGACCUGAUGAUGUACGAACCACACUUCAACUACACACUCCUGGACCACACUGAGAGGUCCCUCUCUCCGCGCUCCCUCUCUCCUCCUCUAUCUCCUGAGAGCUCAGUCAUGUCGAAGGAGUCGAGGGAGUGUGUGGAGCAGAAGUCUUCCGGCAGCUCGUCUCCGGCCUCCACGCUGCAGCCCGUGUGCAGGAAGAGCAGUGUGGGCAAAAACACACCGCAUCAGCAGCACUUCCACCGGCCUGAUAACGGCACAAAUAUUUACAAGAAGCCACCGAUCUACAAACAAGACGUGUCUCACGCUCCUCAGAGUAAACACAUGGAGGAUCUGAUCAUCGAGUCGUCCCGUUUUCCCGCCGCUCAGCCGCCUGAUCCAAAACUGCCAUCUAAGAUCGAAACCGAGUCCUGGCCCUGUCCCCCGUCCCUCGCUGUGCUGGAGACAGAGUGGAAGAGGAAGUCCGCCUCUCAGAAAGCAGCAGGAGAGGAGGAAGAAGAAGAGGAGGAUGAGUAUGAUGAAGGUGGGGAUCUGUGGAGACUCAGACAGAUGCAGAAACAGGAACUCGACAAGAUCCAGUCUAAUUUAGGGAAGUUGAUCCUGAAGGAGGAGAUUGAGAGAGCAACUCCGAUGAGCAGGAAGACUCGCUCUCUACCCGACCGCACGCCCACUCCCCUCGGAACCAGAUCUCCGUCGUUCCCUUCAUACAGUCGGAGUGGUCUGAGCCGGCUCCAGUCUGCAGAGUUUUCCUCCUCACACACUGAUCGAGCCGGUCACAGUGAGUUAUUCUCCUCCACUCGAUUCUGUUCUACUUUAAACGGCGAUGCUCAGGGCAGGAGGAUGGACAGAGGGAACUCGCUGCCCACGAUGCUCGAGCAGAAGAUUUAUCCCUACGACAUGCUCAUGGUGACUCAUCGAGGCAGAAAUAAACUUCCACCAGGAGUGGACAGGACGAGGCUGGAGAGGCAUCUCUCUCCUGAGGAGUUUGAGAAUGUGUUCGGCAUGACGAUGGACGAAUUCGAUCGCCUGUCGCUCUGGAAGAGGAACGAACUGAAGAAAAGGGUCUCGCUCUUCUAGUGCUAUAUAUAUAUAUUAAAAAAAACACUCGCACAAACACAAACACACAGCGCAUUUCAGAAGGAGAGCGACGACGAGAAUCCACCAGCAGGACGACCAGCGAUAAACACACACACACACACACACACACACACACACACACACACACACACACAUGUUACGAUGUCUAUAUCUGCGAUUACACUAUCAGGAGUUGUGAUGAUGAUGAUGAUGAUGAUGAUUUGACUCAGACUAAUACAUUUAGCGAGUUCACUUCAUAUAUAACUAACACGAAUAUAUUCAACUGACAGGAAAAUAUCACAAAAUAUCGAUACGGUCGAUACAAGAUCGUCACGCCGCCGCCUUCGGUUUACGGAGAAUGUACGAAAGAGCGUGUGUGGGCGGAGCUAAAAUCGGCCUCAUUCCGAAAGGCAGCGGGAGGUCAGCGAUUUUCGACGUAGCUAGCUUUUUUACAUACAUGUAGCUAGCUGUGUGAGCGAUUUCCCCCUGCUCUCGUGAAUAUGAAGCACAAACAGGCGAUCGUUCAUUUUCUACGUAUACGUGUACGCGCAAAACACGGCGAUUUCCUCAGUCCUAUGCAAAUUAGAUACGAUGCGCCUUUUAAGAAACGCCAACGUCUCAAAUCGUUUCUCAGAACAGUCGUACGGAGCGCGUGGUCCGAAGUUCCGCAACUUUAGUUCCUAACACGGACAAGCCACGCCCAUAAGCGACAACCGUAGCGGUAGCUACACGCCCCCAAGAGACAUGAGCGACUUUUCGUACUGUUAAUGUUUAACUGCCGGCCAAUCAGAGACAGCUCGCAGCUAGAAACCAGUUACGGUAAUUACGACAUGGCGUGAACGCAGCUUAAAUACAGAAGAGGCGUGGCUUAAGUCAACUACACGUCACUUUUAGUCAAAUAAACCGUACGAGUGUCGUUUUUAGAAACAGGAAGUCAUGUUUAUCUGGCAUUAAUGGGAUCAUUUUAAAUCCAUCAAUCCUCAAGCUAGUGUAUCGUGAUCAGCACACGCCUAGCUUCAUGUUCUUACUACACUCUUGUCAUAGAUAUGGAGUUUCCACGCGCAGAGAGCCGUGUUAGCCAAUCAGAGUGAAGAUGGUCCAUCUACAAGAAAUGUAUCCGCUUAACACGAUGAUAGAUUGUAAGACGAGCGUGCGAUCGAUAUCGUCUCUGCGCUUAACUCGGAGUGUAUUGAUCACCCCGCUCCGUCCCUCCUCUCUCUCUCUCUCUCUCUCUCGCUCUCUAUUCUCCCUUCGUUUUGCUGCUAAUGCAUUAUUACGCACUUUCACCUUUUGGUUCGAUCGUCUUAUUUAGUUAUAUUUAGGGACAGAUGGAGAGUUUUAACAACGUCCUCGUUUCAUCCAACUUAUUUUAAAACGCGGGAGAAGUAGGUAACAUUCCACGCUUCCUUUUUUGCCUUCCUGUGGACGAGCGAGCAUUUGACGCGAGGCGGUAACGUCCGUGUGAAUGUGAACUGCUAAUCGCAGAAGAGCAGCAUACGUAGUUCGCUCGUUUAGCUAGCUACUGCUAUCAGCUAUUAUUCAUCAUGGCCUGUUAGCAAGGUGGCUACAAGCUAGCACGUCUGUGAGUCACGAGGGUCACUCGCAUUCAUAAGCGUGUACUCAGAGGUCAGAGGUCAUCUAAAAUGGCCGCCUGACUGCUUGGGCUGAGUUAAUGUAAAUUUUUACCUUCAUUUUAGUCUUCUAGAUUUCUCACUAUUAGUUUAGGCUUUAAAACAUGCUCUGAGCUAACCUGACAGGAAUUUUAGUGAUAUAGCUGCAAAUGUUAGCAAGAUGACUAGCAUGAGCUAACUAGACAGGAAUCCUGAGAAGGGUUUUACCUCGUGUUCAGUGCUAACUUGAGAGAAAUUCCUACAAAGAUAAAUCCAUAUAAGGUCUAAAUCACUGCUAAUGUUAGCUAAUGGGUCACGAUAUUACUACAUCUGCCUGUAACAGUGGCUAGCUAAACUAGCGAACCAGGUAUGCUGCUAAUAAUAUCAUCCCUAGUGUUAGCUGCUGAGAGGGAUUUAAAAAAAAAAAAAAACUAGCCAGGAAGUAGCUAACUGGAAAUCUCUCAUAAAAUGUCUCUGAAAGUAAGUUGGAUAAAAUGAAGACUGAUGAGAUUUUAGAUUAAUUUAAUGAUUUGCUAGUUGAUGUCCUGCUUAGAUAAGCCUAUGUGCUCUUAUUUUGGAGUGUUUCAUAUUGGAAAGGUUUUUUUUUAAUAUAUAUAUAUAUAUUCAUAAUUGCUCUAGUGACCAAAUGAUGUGCAGCUAGGGUUCUGUUGAGCGUGCUCCAAUACUGUUUUUAGCGCACCCUUGUGGACUUCCCCUCGGUUUGAUCCGUGCUACCGCGCGAAAAUGCUAACACGGGUGACAAUAAAUAAACGUCCGCAGCUACCAUUCCGCACGACGUAAUGACGAUUUGUUUACCGUUAGCGGUAUUAGCAUCGAACGCUUCCUUUCGGGAGGUUGCCGUUGGAAACGCUGGAAUUUUACCUUAACAAAUCGAGGACAAGCCAAGUGGACAUUCGAGUCACAUGGGAAAGUCGAUUAGCGUCUGUUAAAAGCCGCAUCGAAACACGGCCUCUCUUUCGAUCGUUGUGACAAUUAAUCCAGACGGAAAAGAGAGAAACACUCGAGACAUUCCGCGUGAAACUUAAACACGUAGAAGGCACUUUUUUCGCUAACGACAAUGCUAACGACAUAAUAGCGUCUUUGAUCUCAGAAGGAGAAUUUGGACGUUUAAUCGCCACGGCAACAGACAGCCAAUCGGAUUUCAGAGGCGUGGCUUUUUAAAGAAAUGAAGUCACAUUCUGGAGUGUAAAUAUGAUUAACAUUCGGAUGUAAUUAACAUUUAUAACCUGUUUAUUAAUCAAGGUGUGUGACAGAGUGACGACUUCAGCAGUCCGGGAUGAGUUGAGCGGGAAAAGGAAAAGACUCUGACGUGAAAUGAACACACGAUUAUGAAUCACAAGCACUUACACACUGGAUCAUGUUAAACGUCACUUACAGGAACAUCACCACUGCAUUUCUUUCUCUUCAUUUCAAAGCACUGAAUGUGAAUAACAGAAAUAAGUAUCGAUUGGUUCAGUGAAUGUCCUUUCUUAUGACUGAGGUGUGAUUACUGCUUUGUUAUUUUCUCAUAAUUAGGAGUUUUGUUAUCCUGAUUUACUUAGUGAACCGUUAAACACUUGGAUUUUUUGUUGAAUAAAAGUUUUGGGUUUUCCCGUA